AUGUCAAAUGUAAAUAAAGUUAAAAGAAGUAAAGGUUUAAAUGAAGAAUCAAGUGAACAGGGUCAAGCAAAAAAAUUAAAAAAUGAUACAGAUAAUAAUGGCAUAAAUAAUAGUAGUAAUAUUAGUAAUAAUAUUAAUAAUAACCCAAACAAUAACAAUAUUAAAAAAUCAUUUGAUCAAAAUUAUUAUGUCGAUUUAAUUGAAAGUGAAGAAGAUAUUGAAAAUAAAAUUAGAAUCAUAAAGACAAUAUUAUUGGUUUUUAGAAAUAGUAUUGGUAAUGAGCCGGAUAAAUGUGCAUAUUUAUCAUUAUUGGUUAUUGCAAAGAAGUCACCAAGUUUAUUUUCACACUUUGACUUAUUGGACCCACUUUUAUCACUUUUAAAAAAAGACCCAACUCAUGUACAGAAAAAGAACAAUCUAUUAUCUAUAUUGGCAUGCAAUUUAUUAAUGGCAGGUUAUGACUCUAUUUCCGAUUGGCCACAGUACCUAUUUUUUGCCUAUUUGGAUGAUGCAAUAGGGGACAGAUAUUGGGUUGAAGAUCCAUACUGUAAAAAUUUCGUAAAUAAUAUAACAAUGGUGUUUCCUCAAAAUAAACAACAGCAACUACAGCAAACAAAUAAUACAGCUUUAUCAACUACAACAUCUACAACCACAACUCCACCAACUGUAAAUAAACAACCUUUAGCUUUACAACAAAAAAUAAAAAACCCAACACCUUCUGCGACCAAUACAACACAAAAUAAUAAUGAUGAUCAGGAUUUAUUAGUAGUAGUUGAAGAGAUUGAUCAAUUAUUAACGUCAUCACCUUCAUCGAAUCAGUCACAGCCACCACAACAACCUAGAAAUAGAUUUUCCUAUUGUUAUAAUGAAAUCAUAAGAUAUAUUAUACAUUUAAUUAAACAAUAUAUAAUCUCACCAAAUCAAAGGGCUUUUAUUAAACUUUUAUCACUAACUGUUGGGUUCAAGGAAUCAAGAUUAGAGGGGUCACAGGUUAUUGAUUCAUUAUUAAAUAAUACAAAUGUUUUUAGAUUUUCAAAAGAAUAUCUCUCUCAACUUUUAAUGUAUACUACCGAAAACACACUAGAGGAUAUUAAAACUGUACAGAACCUUUUAAAGAUUCAAAUUUCGUCUCAUCAAUUCGACGUAGUUUCAUCACUCUUAGGAAAUAACUCUGCUUACCCAGCGAUAGCUCUACACCAAGCUAUAGAAAUGGAAAUGGAUGGCAAUCAAAAGGUUGUCACCAAAUCUAAACUUUCAACAAUUUUUAAAUAUUUUCCAGCAAACAGGGGCGAAGAGGAAUUAUCAGCAAUUUUAAAAGAUUAUGCUUCAAGAGAGGAUAGAAAUGUUAAAUUAGUAAUAAGGAAAAUAUUCAAGCACCUCUCUAGUAUAAAUUUAAUUUAUCUCUGCGAACAAUUAACAAAUAUAACAUCAUGGGAUGAACAGCAUUAUAUUAAACCAACAAAUUCAAAUAUAAAUAUUUUAACUGGUGAAAAAUGGAUUACAAAUAUGUAUCACUUACUAUCACAGCUAUUAUUUUUAUUACCAUCAUUCUAUGAAACCUCAAAAGAAUUAAAUCCUCGUAUAGCAGUCUCUUAUCUUCAAUCUUAUUGUGUUCAGUGGGUUGGUAAAUUAAUCCCAUUGUCAGAAUUAUCAUCAACCGAUGCAUUAUCAUUAAUUAAAAGGUUUUUGGUUUUUGAACCUUUGGGCUCCUAUUUUCAAGCUUCCAAUAAUGCAGCGGAUUCAGAUAGAAAUGCUUAUCGUAUUUUAACUACAGAGACACCAAUUCAAGAGGUUAUACUCGAGGUCAUUAUAAAUAUUGGUACAGAAUUUUCAAAUGAAAGAGGGGCUUGUUUAGAUCUUUGUGAGGGAUUACUAAAAAGAGCCAUGUCAACUGCAACCAAAGUUGGUAUUGCAUCAAAUAUUACAAAACCGUCAUUUGCAGAAUCCUUUAUUAAUUUUUCAAGAAUUGAAAACAGUGACCCACCAUUAGCAUAUACCCCAAUGUUUUGGCAAUCAAUGGUAUUAUCUUGUCUUUUAGUUUGUUUAUCCCCCUUUGUUAUCGGUACUUAUCUUUGGCCAAAUUGUCCAACUAUUAGAACUUUAAUUGAAAUGGUCAUAACUCGUUCCUGGAAAUUUCCACCAUAUAUACCAAAAGGUAUUCAAAACUCAAACAUUUUUGAAAUUAAUGAAAUGAACCAAAGAAUAGAAGAAAAAAAAAUAUUAUCAAAAUACCCACAAUUAAAUGGCAUCGAAUUUAUUUUAUUGGAUAUUAAAGGCCCAAUUAGACAACCACCUGACGAAAUUAUUGAAAAGUUACAAAAAUUAGAGAACGAAAAUCAUUUAGGUUUUGUAUUAUGUACCAGUAGACAACCGGAUUUCCUAUUAGAAAUUAUGAGCAAUCAAGAUUCAAAACAAUCAAUGGUAUGGUUAAAUCCUAUAAUACACAACGACCCAAAGACAUUGGAUAUUUUACCACCUAUUUGUAUUAGUGAAAUUUUAUUAUCAACCCAAUUCGAGUCACCAAAUGCAAAUAAUAAUAUAUCUCAAAGAGUACUAAGCAGAAUGACAUUAUUUUUCAACUCAUUGUCACCUGUCCCAACUUUAGAAAUUUUAAAUUUCUUUUUUACACUCUUACACUCUGAAAACCAAAUUGUUAGAUUGCUAUCUAAAAAGGCUUUGGCUUCUUUGGUACCUCCAUCACCAAAAUCAUCAUCAUCCACAUCGACAACCUCUGGGUCAAAUAUACCUCUACCACCAUCGACCCAUCAACAAUUGAAAUCAUCUUUAGAUAAAAUAAAAACCUCCCCAACAAAUAAUUUAUCUUCAUUGGGCGGUUCAAAUGGUAUUCAAAAAAAUACGGAUUCAAAUUUAUUUAUAACUGAAGAUUUUCAAUGGUUAAUAAAGUUAGGAAGCUUGCAGUGGUUUGAAGAAAGUCAAGAAAUAGUAAUUGCCGCUUUAAAGAAAGCAAUUUAUAUAGAGACUGAUAUCAACGCUAUUAAAUCAUAUCUUCAAUAUUUGGUUAAUAAUCAAAGUACACCAUACGAUGCAUCAUUUCCAAUCGAUUUGUCCUAUUUAAUACUUGACAGAGGCGUAACAGCAAAUUAUUUAAUGAAUAGUGAAAUAGCUAUUUUAAUAUUUUAUGUUUAUUUACAUUUACUCCAGCCAGAGCAACAAAAAGAACUAUCAUCUUAUUUAUCAUCACAUAGCGUAGUCAAUUCUCAACAAAAAUGGAUAGUGGCCAAAACCCAUUCAAGCUCAACAACUACAACAUCUGCUACAAACCCCAAAGAAAUUUAUAUACCAAGGGUAGUCUUGGACUCGGUUAUUUAUUGUUUAUCAACCUAUAAACUCAAUAACUCUAUUGAUCAAAAUUUUAAUCAACAGAUUGAAUCCAUUAUAAAUAUAUUAUUCCCAGUUUCAAAAACCAAUUCAAAAUUAGAGACAACUUUCCAUAACUUUAAAAACCAGAGUGUUGACGAACCAAUUUUAAGAAGUAAAGAGUUUGUUGAAAUUGUACUCCAAUCAAAUAUCCAACAGUUAAUUCAAGUUUCAUUCGAGUCUGAAUAUCUUUUGAAAUCGACAGAUUGUAUAAACUAUUUAUUCUCUCACAGUAUUUCAAAUAUUUCAAGGGAAAUGAUAUUGACUAAACUGGACAAUAGUAUAGAUGAAAUUAAAAAGCAAUAUAAUAGUAGUGGUAACCAUGAGGAUAUAAAAAAACAACUUUCUCAAUUGAAGUUAAAUCACAAUAACACAUUAACAAUAUUAAAAUUGUUUAUUAAAAAAUCAAAAAAUCAGAAGGGAAGUUUAUUUUUAAAUUUUAUAGAGUCAAUACAACAAAAUCAAAUCAUUAAAGAGAAAGCUAUUAAAAGGAAGCAAUCAAAUUUAAUAUUUAAUCAAUUUUUAGAUAACGAUGGUCCAGUUAAAGAGACAGAACCAAUGAAUAUAGAUAAUAUAUCAAUUAAAGAUCAACUAUUUAAUAAUACAUCAACAGCAAAUGAAUUAAUUAAUAUAACUAUACCAAUAAUUAAAGAAAAUAACAGUGAAAAAAUUGAAAGUUAUUUUAAAGAAAUACAAUCUUUCAAUUUUAAUAAUUUAGCCCCAAAUAAUGAAAUCAAUAUCUCACUUUUAAUUUCCAUAAUAAGAUUAUUAAAUAAUGAUUUAAUUAAGAAUUCCAAAAUAGUUGACAACCAAAAUAAUCAAAUACAAAAAUUAUUAGAUUCAUUAUCAAAUCAAAAAAUUAAUAAUAAUAAUGUAUUCAAACAAAAAGAUUUUUUAGAAUAUAUCUCAAAAAAAGCAUUAUUCAAAUUAUUACCAAUUACCCCCAUAAAUACACCAAUGAAGCAAAGUCCAAAGUUACAUUCAAAACCAUCAAAUGAAAAAGUAUUUGAUAUUUGCAAAGAAUGGAAUAUUUAUUCAAGUGACUCAAUUGAAGUUCCAAAAUUUAAGUUUAAUAGUAAAGAAAUUAUUUCAGAAUUGGAUAAAAUCAAAUAUCAAAAUUUGGUCAUAAAUGAAAUUAAUAGGUUGGGUUAUAUCUUUAAGAAUUUAGUGAGUUUAUUUAUAUUUAAUGAUCCACAGAGAUUAGAAGAGUUUAUUGGUAAAUUUUUCAGUAAAUUAUAUUCAAUGACCCAAAGAAACAAUAUUGAAUCAACUCAUUCAACUGAUGUCACAAUAGUUAUUUUCAACUCAUUAGUUUUAUUAUUAAACGAAAUUGGUUCAAAAAAAGAUUUAAAAUUAAAAACAUCAUUAGGUAUACUAUUGGAUUGGAUGGUAUUACUGGUACAGCAAUUCAUUUUAAAUAAUCAAGAAAAUCAUAAACAAAAUUUUAAUAGCCAAGAAACAAUGAAAAACCAUAAUAGUAAUAAUAUUAAUAAUAAUAUUAAUAUUAAAUUAAAUUUAGAUAAAAUUUAUUUCCUAUUAUUUGGUAAAGGUAGCUUUAAAUUUUCAACAUUUUUACACUCACAUUUUAUCCACAACUCAACAUGGAAAAAUUUAAAAAUAAUGAUGCAAUGGUUAUUCAAGGUUGGUAAUGAUUGUAAGAAUGGGGUAAAUCAAUUUAUUGAAAUUAAUUCUAGCCAUAAGAGAAUUGGCCUAGAUCCAUCAUUGGUAUUAAGUUUUAUUAAUGCUUAUCACCAACACCCAAGAUCUGGUGCUCCAUACUAUAGUGCCUCAAAUACCGCUACUACUGCCAUUUCGAAAAGUGUUACAAAUAUGACCACAAUAAUGGACUCUGUUGUUAUGCAUUACCUAAACCCAUCAACCAUUAGACUCCUUUCAGAUUAUAUUGUCGAUGAAAUGGAUAGUGUCAAAAUAUUAUCUCCAAGUAAAUUACAAAAUAGAAUGAAUCUAUUAAUUUCAUCUUCAAUGAUAUCCCGAGAUAAUUUAGUAUCACUUAUACUUCACCUUUCUAAUCAAUAUACCAAAUCUUCCUCAUCUGCAACUGUCAUUAAACAAAUUUAUUUUGCAUUUCCAUCAUUAUUAAAAUCAAUUAUUUCAAACUAUUCACCUUUCUUAAUUUUACCAUCAAACCAGACAAACCAACUAUUAUUAAAACAACAACCCCAACAAAAAAUUCAAAAGUCUGACCAACCACAACAAAAUCAAAAUAACAAUAUAAUACCUAAUGAUUUAAAGAGUCAAAUUCCAACUACCCAGUUAGAUAUAAUCUUUCAUCGUAUAAUUUUAAAGAUAUCAGAUGUUUCAAAUGAAAAUAGAAAUUCAGGAUUUAUAAUUAUUAGAAAGCUAGCACUUAUUCACCCAGAGCUUAUUUCGCUACACUUACCAUCAAUUCAUUCCUUAUUAUCAGGUAGAUCCGACACACCAUUAGAUCAAUUCCUUUCUAGAAACUAUCACCAUUUAUUCUACCAAAUAUUAGAUUUGUUGGAUAUCUUAAGACCGGUUGUUUUCAAUAGUCCAUCAUUAGAACCAAUACUUUGUGAAUACUUUACAUUGUUGUCAAGUAAUUGUAGCUCAAGAAUUUCAGACUUUGUUCCAAUGAUCUCAAAGCUUUGUGAUUUUAUAUUAAUCUUCAUUGAUCAUAAUCAAAAUAUUGAUCUUUUAAUUCAACAUAAAGAUAUUAUAAAGUCUUUAUCAAAUUUCUAUCCAAAUUUCCAACCAGUAUUAAAAAGAACAAAACCAAAUCAAUUAACCUCAACUCUAAACUCGUUAUAUUCAUUCGAUAUAAACUAUCAACAACCACAUCCACAUCAACAAUCAAAACCACAGAAACCAUCACAGAAACCAUCACAACAGCAACAACAACAAACAUCUCAGCAUAUUAUUAAUUGUAAAGAAUCAUAUCCAUUUAAAUAUAUUAAGAAUGAAAAAUAUUUAAAUGAGAACGAGAAAACUGCUCAACAAUUGGAUGAAAUUAUUAAAAUAACCCACAAUGUACCAAAUCAACUUAGUUUUUUAAAGAAUGAGCUAUUAUUAUUAAUUCAAUCCGAUUACUAUAAUAUCAGAAAUAUGGCCUAUUUUUUAAUUCAAAGAUAUUUACAAUAUUGCCCACAAGAAGUCGAAACCAUGAUUGGUGGGUAUUUAAACUGUUUCCAACAUUGGAAUCCAGACGUAAUAAAAGAUGCCAUUCAGCACUCUCAAGAUUUUUACUAUCUUUCAACAAAUGAUAGAUCAGAGUACCUUGUCGAACAAAUUUUAAUUUAUGGUGGUAAAGAUUCAAUUUCUGACAUUAAAAAAUUAGUUAACCCAUUCAGUAAAAUAUUUAAUUAAUAAAAAUAUAAAUAAUAAAUGUU